AUUUUAGCUAUAAACUUGAGAUUAAGUGAGGGUGGAAUGGUAUUGUGGAAUAUUGCAAAAUAUCAACCAUACGAGUGUUCCUCAUUACCGGGCCUACUGAUUAAGGAUAUUGAAUUUGUUUAUGUUUUGGACUAUAUGUCACUUUUUAUUUCACAAAAUGCCUUCCAAAGAAAUAACAGGACACAAUUGGUCAGAAAAUAA